GCCAUCCAGUGCUGCAAGAAGAUGAAUGAUCUCCUCUGUUCCCCCAGGAGCUCGGAUGAAGCGCCCUAUAAGUGAAUGCCGUUUCAGCACCCUGUGCACGAUUGGCCGAAGUGACACUGAUCUAACAGAUCCUCCCAAAACGGUAACAUGCAGGGGCUGCUAUUGAUGCUGUUAGUUUUUGCCAUUUGCUUCACCAGAGGAAGUUCCAAGGCAUGUCCAGCAAUUCCAGUGCAACAAAAUUUCACUCUAACAGAGUUUAUGGGAACAUGGUAUGAAGUUGAAGGACUUUCUACACGUUUUAUAAAAGGUGACUGCAUCACACACACAUUCUCUCAGAGAUCUGAUAAUUGGAUACAGGUUAACACUACAGAGAAGCGGGAUGAUGGUAAAAGAAUACUUUAUACAGGAAAGUUAUCUCCAGCUCAUGUGAAUGAAACAGCUAGACUUCAGAUAUUGUUUGCAGAAGGGGUAUAUCUGGACUUUUUCCCUGUUCAAGAUGAAUUUUCAUUUAUCCCAUUCUUGGUAUUAGCCACUGACUAUAGAAGUUAUUCACUGGUGUACUCCUGCACUCAGCAUUCUUUUAAUCCCACAAUUUAUGCCUGGAUUUUUUCGAGAGGACAGCAAAUAGAAGAAAGUACCAUCAAGCAACUGAAAGAUAUGCUGAAAGAAUAUAAUAUCCGCAUUGAUCAUAUGGAGACAGUUGAUCAAGUGGAUUGCCCUUAA